AUGGUCCGAAAGAAGAGCUGGCUGGGGAGCGAGGAGGCGUUGGCCGGGGUGGGCCGGGGGCCUGGCUUCCCCGCAGGGCCAGGCGGCCGGAGACGGGCCACUGGGGGGCGUGUGGGUUCUGGGUGCAGUCGGCCAGCCCUGGCUCUGCCCCCAGGCCGCCACACGCUGCAGUGGGCGCUGGGCUGCGAGCGGGAGCCCGGGGGGGUGGUUCGCGGCUGGUACCAGUUCGGUUACGACGGGCAGGACCUGGUGGUGUUCGACCGGGGGAACCGGCGCUGGCUGGCGGCUCUGUCCUGGGCCGAGACCACGCGGCGCCGCUGGGACGCCCAGCCCGAGUUCGGGGAGCGGCUGCACCGGUACCUGGGGGACACCUGCGUGGAGUGGCUGGGCCGGUUCCUGCGCAGCCGGCGAGCCUGGGCCAGGAGGGCAGCCGCCCCCCAGCUGCAGGCCUGGUCCCGCCCGACCCCCGGGCGCCCAGGCUGGCUGACUCUGGGGUGCCAGGCCUGGGGGUUCCCCACGCGGGACAUCGAGGUGUCCUGGCUGCGGGGAGAAGCGAUGCUGCCGGGGGCCGAGGCUGGUGCGGGGCUGCCCAGCGGGGAUGGGUGCUACCAACGCCAGAGCCACCUACGGGUGCCCGAGAGAGAGGCCCAGGGGGUGCGGUGCCGGGCCAGGCACGGGGACCUGGAGAUGCCACUGGAGACUACGUGGGCCCCCAGGAGCCCGUCGUACCGAGGGGGCGUCUCCCCCGGGACCGUGGCCGGGGCGACUCUGGGGGCGCUGGGGGGCCUGGCCGGCCUGGCGGGGGCGCUGCUGCUGUGCAGGAGGCGAGCUCGCUGGAAGCUGGGACAGUCCAGGCUGCACCUGGGCUCAGAGGAAGAGGCGCCCGAACUCAGCUGAUCCCGUGGGUCUGGUCGGAUUUUCCACCCGGAUGCCUGGGUUCCUCGCCACCCAAGGCUGGACACGUGAAUGGAGUUGGAAACGCGCCUGGCCCUUGAGAACCUGGGGG